AUGACUCCUUCAAAUCUUUUGAUAGUUGUUUUUUUUGCACUUGGUUUCUCUUUUCAUCUAUCAACAAUUCUCUGCCAUCCAACUGCCUUCUUCUCUGUACUCUCACAGAUGUAUGAAUGGAAUUUCUGUCUAAUCGGCUUAGGGUUGGAGAAUGUUUACAAUGUGUCAAUAAGUAAACGCACUGAAAGUGAAAUUAGAGCGGAGGAAACUGAGAUAUUUUCCAGUAUUUAUAAUGACUGCAAGGGACCUGCAAAAUCGGAUCAUAAAAGUUACGGGACGAUACCAAGGUUUUACUAUAAGUUACCUGCAGAAGAUGAAGUGUUAUUACAAAAACUGAGAGAGGAAUCAAGAGCUGUGUUUCUUCAAAGGAGAAGCAGAGAACUUCUGGAUAAUGAUGAAUUACAGAAUCUUUGGUUUCUUCUUGACAAACACCACACGCCACCUUUAGUUGGUGAAGAUCAGAUGAUAAGUUAUGAUGAUUUUCUCAAAGUUGCAGAGGAAGCAGGCCCAAAAUGCAAACCGUUCUUUAGUGCAACAGUGUUUGCUAAACUUCUACAGACUGAUCCCUAUGGUAGGAUAUCCAUCAUGCAAUUCUUUAACUACGUGAUGAGGAAAGUCUGGCUGCACCAGACAAGGAUCGGGCUCAGUUUAUAUGACGUGGCUGGGCAGGGAUAUCUUAAAGAGUCGGAUCUUGAGAAUUACAUUCUAGAGCUGAUACCAACUCUUCCUCAGUUGGAUGGACUAGAGAAGUCAUUCUAUUCAUUUUAUGUUUGUACAGCAGUUAGAAAAUUUUUCUUUUUUCUUGACCCAAUGCGAACAGGAAAAAUCAAGAUUCAAGACAUUCUGGCUUGCAGUUUCCUGGAUGAUUUAUUGGAGCUGAGAGAUGAAGACUUGCCUAAAGAUGCACAGGAUUCCAACUGGUUUUCAGCUCCAUCAGCACUCCGAGUUUAUGGUCAGUAUUUAAAUCUUGAUAAAGAUCAUAAUGGUAUGCUUAGCAAAGAAGAGUUAUCUCGGUACGGCACUGGAACGUUAACUGAUGUCUUCUUAGAAAGAGUCUUCCAAGAAUGUCUUACAUAUGAUGGUGAAAUGGACUACAAGACGUAUCUAGAUUUUGUUCUCGCUUUAGAGAAUAGGAAAGAACCACAGGCAUUACAGUAUAUGUUUAAACUCCUAGACGUACAAGCAAAAGGAUAUCUCAAUGUGUUUGCACUCAACUUCUUUUUCAGGGCGAUUCAAGAGCAGAUGAAAAUGCAUGGUCAAGAACCAGUGUCUUUUGCUGACGUCAAAGAUGAAAUAUUUGACAUGGUAAAACCAGAUGAUCCAUUGAAGGUCACCUUGCAGGAUUUGAUUAACAGUGGACAAGGUGAAACAGUGACCAGUAUACUAAUUGAUUUGAAUGGCUUCUGGACGUAUGAAAAUCGUGAAGUGUUAGUUGCCGAAGCUAACGCAGAUGACUUACAGGAACAGGAGGUUUGAUUCGAAAUACAGCAUUUUGUCAACACCUUCAUUUUAUUUUCUGAUGUAACGUGUGAAGGCCUAUAUCAAGACAUCAAAGCCUUGAGUGUUUUAUACAGCACUGACAUUUUUACAUCACUAUAUUGUUUUCUAGGAAGCGGUUUAAAACGGGGCAUCUGCUGAUUACUCAAAUUACAUUACCGGGUACACUAUAGUCAGUGAUCUCAAAUCUCAAAUGUAUGUUGCAGACAUCGCAAGAAAAUAAUCAGUGUGAACUAAUCACUUUGUAAAGAUAAAAUUCUAUAUCAGUUAUUAUUUACCCAAUCGUAUGACUCAUUUUCUUUAUUUCAUUAGACCAUAGGGAGAAUCAUGGGUGGUCAGAGUGUCCUGUGUUGUAUUAAAAUUAAAAAUGUUAUUUAUAGAAAAUUGUUGAAAUAGUAUUUCUAUAUAAUAUGAUGUAUUAGUCCAGCAGAGUUGUUAAAUUAUCUCACAUGUCUUUCAGAAAGUUAUUGUAAAUAUCAGCUUUCUACUUCCAAGUAAAAUUCAUAUUAUUUUUUUAAUCAAUCUUUUAAUGUACAUGAUAGGGUUCACAUGUUGUUUCUUUCGAAUGUUUUUAAAUACAUGUACCUGUGUCUUUGUACAUAAAAUGGGUUUGUUAUCAUGUUUUACUUUUUAGUUACUACUGAGAUAUUUGCUUGUACAUGUAGCCAUACCUUGUUUUUCCCUUCCAUGGCCAAGCUCUAUAGCUAAUAUGAUUUAUAAAUAGCACAGUUUUCUCAGUGUUGUGUGUGUUCAGCUUAGGCUGAUUUUGCUGUACAUAAUUUUUGUAAUAAAGCAAUUUUUCUCAAAAAAA